CUUUUCCAUACAGAUGACGACGCGUUUUCCAAUGUGUUUUGUGAAAACUCUAAGAAGCUUAUCAAUGUAGAUUUAUUUGCCCUGGCUGCUAAGUAUUAUUCUUUGUCUAACCUUGGAGUGUGUACCCCAUUAGAAGACAUACUUCAGGCAAUGAGAGGAGACAAUCAAGGAACAACAGGUAUCAAAACUGAUGAGUUUAUGAAUAAUAAGAAAUCACAUGAAGUGCAGGUGAUGUCAGAGCUGGUAGACAAAAUAGCAAAUUAUUGUGGUAUAAAGCAGGUGAUUGAUAUAGGUUCUGGAAAAGGCUACCUGAGUUCAUUUUUGUCCAUGCAAUAUAACUUACAAGUUUAUGGAAUUGACUCCUCAAACUCCAACACUAAUGGUGCUCAUGAAAGGAACAGAAAAUUGAAGAAGCACUGGAGAGCAUAUCAGAGUCGAGGAAGAGCAAACCUCAAAAGCCAGAGGUUGGAAAAGGCAGAUGACAGGCCACUAGAAAGUGAAAUUAAAUGUAAAGCAAUUGAUGAAAAGCCCUUAAAUAAUGACAGCAGUCUUCAAAGUCAAGACCAAGUGACUUUCCAAGAUUUAGUUCCUUCUUGUAGUUUCACAGAAGUAGCUACAUCUGAAACCAGCAAACAAACUGAAGCUGACUUGGUGGCUCGGACACAAUCUGAUGAGAGCAAACUUUCUGAAGAGGUUCUUGCUAUUCUAAAUGUUCUGCCUUCUGAUGCUGUAGAAGUUUUUUCUUCAUCUCAUGGUAACUGUGGGGAACUCUGUGAAGAGGAAAAGGCGCAAAGGAAGAUGGCAUCUCUCAAGGCUAAAGCGAGCAAGUCGAGUGAAUCAAACCUGUAUUUUCCAUUGACCUCUUGCAUCACUGCGGAAACAGAACUCAGUGACAUCAUAACAGAUCUGGAGGACUGUAUGAUGGUGGGUCUACAUACAUGUGGUGAUCUCGCUGCAAAUACACUACGAAUUUUUACUGCCAAGCCUGAAAUCAAAGCAGUUUGCAGUGUAGGCUGCUGCUACCAUCUGUUGUCAGAACAGUUUGAAAACCAAGAAGAUUGCCCAGAGGAAGUGUGGGGAUUUCCCAUGUGUCAGUACUUGAAGGACAAGGGCUGGUGCUGUGGUCGGAAUGCUAGAAUGUCAGCGUGCUUGGCUUUGGAGCGAGUUGCAGUUGGCCAAAUGCUGCCUACAGAAUCAUUGUUUUAUCGAGCUGUUCUUCAGGUUAUUAUAGAAGAAAUUUAUGGUGUCACCAAAAGUGAUCGUCAUGUUGGAAAAACUUUCUCCAAAUCAUCCUCCUUCAUAGAUUAUGUCAGAAAGUCUCUGAAAAAGCUGGAACUGGAUGAUUCAAAGCUCCCGGACAGCUGUAUAAUGGAUUACUAUGAAAAAUACAAGCACAGAAUGAAUGAGCUUGAAGCAUUUAAUAUGCUGAAGGUUGUUCUGGCUCCCUGCAUAGAAGUUUUGAUACUUCUGGAUCGUCUUUGCUACCUCAAGGAGCAGGACAACAUUGCCUGGUCUGGACUUGUGAAGUUAUUUGAUCCCGUGAAAUCCCCCAGAUGCUAUGCAGUUAUUGCUCUGAAGAAACAGUGAUGUUUUUAAGUGGAAGCAAAUUGCAGAUAGGUUGAAAACUCUGAACUGAUACUGCUAUUUCCUCACUUUUAUUCUGAUAUUUUUACUUGAUUACUCAAGUACACUGCUUGCUUUUCUGCUGCAAAAGUAAAAAGUGCAAUGCCUCUAUGAAUCAUGAGAAAUAAAUAUCUCCUUUAUAAAUACCAUUUCUUCCUUAUGUCAGUUAUUAAACAAUGUUGAACAUCUGGCUUUAUUAUAAAAGUUAUGAGCCAUAUUAUGUGAUUAUUAUUUUAAAAUAUUUUUUGUUUCUUCUUUUUAAGGCGUUAUACCGUGUAUCAAUACCCCUUCUCCUGAUAUAUCUAAUCACAAGAACAUACCUUCUCAGUUUUUACCCGUGGCUGGCAUCAGCAGUCUCAGACUAGCCUUGCCUUUUUCUUUUUUGGAUUCAGGUGGUGCAGAGAAUAAACAGAAAAAUAACCUGCACUGUAAACAAG